AUGGCACAUUCCCUCAGUUCUAUAAUCAUCGGGUUGCCAGCGGGGACAUCGACCCUGGACCCUGUCGGGUAUAUCAGCACGAUUUGGAACGAACAGCCUGAAGCCAUCGCCAGUGACUUGGGGCUCAAACCCCUCAUGCGCAUGAGUGGGAAAUACGGAACACCAUUUACACCAUUGGCACCAUGUCCGAAGCAUACGGAACAAUCCGCCCCGAACCUGGUGCGUGGCUGCCGAUCACCAGUAUGCGACGGCAUAACCGCUUUGGCGAACAUCGCCCUAGCUAGCAACAAUCCUCCGUCCAGCAAUGCUUUUGAUUCUCUAUUGAAUGGUGCUUUCGACAGCAACGGACCUCUCACAAACAUCGAUUUUAGACACAGAUCCCUGGGAAACGAUUUUAUGAGCAAUGGAUCCUCAACAAUUGAUCUUCACAGAAACGGAUCCCUGUCGAAUGGCGCUUUUGGUAGCUACGAACCUUUGGCAGGCGUUGAUUUUGGCUGUGAAUCACUCACGAACGGUGCGUCGGGCAACGGUACAUUGGGUCGUCUCACGCAGGGCGACUCAGAUCGAAGUUACCAAGAUGUUAAAUGCGGGGUUGAUCUGUCGGAAUUCACGGAAUUCAAUCUCCCGGAAUUCGAGGGAGUCGAUCUCUCAGCACUCACGGGAAGCACAACUGCAGCUAAUGUAUUUACAACGUGCUAG